CUCAGGGGAACUCAUCUAUUUCUGAUACAUUUACUGCCUAAUUAUUACAAUAGAUAGUAUUAUUAUUCGAGAAGUCGUGCCAUUGUGGCUUAAUUAUGGCGUUCAAGAAAGUAUCGCAUGUGUUGUUUGAUUUAGAUGGACUGCUAAUAGAUUCUGAAAUUUUGUACACGCAAGCAUUUACCACUAUUUGCGCUAAAUUUGGCAAAGAAUUCACGUGGGAACUGAAGUCGAGCCUGCUGGGCUUCCAAGGCCACGAAUGUGCGGAGAAAAUAAUUACAAAUCUUGAGCUACCACUUACUGUACAAGAGUUCAUGAAAUUAUGUCAAAAGGAAUAUGAGGUACUGUUCCCCAAAGUCCAACUCAUGCCAGGUGCACAGAGACUAGUAGAGCACUUACACUCCAAGGGUAUUCCUAUAGCACUAGCUACUAGCUCUGCUCAAGACAGUGUGGACAUGAAAAUGAGGAACUUCCAGGAGUUUGUAGGUCUGUUUCACCACCUCACCAUGGGCUCAACGGACCCUGAAGUUACCAAGGGCAAGCCGGACCCAGCCAUUUUCUUAGUGUGUGCCUCCAGGUUUCCUGAUAAACCUAAACCUGAAGAUUGUCUUGUAUUUGAAGAUGCAGUUAAUGGAGUAAAGGCUGCAAAUGCAGCAAAUAUGCAAGUGGUAGCAGUACCUGACCCUCGCAUAGAUCCCGCCUUACUAAAUACUGCCACUUUAGUCUUGAAUUCAUUAGAAGAAUUUAAGCCAGAGCUAUUUGGUCUUCCAGCUUUUGAUUAAGAGCUUUAAAAAGGUGAGAUAGUUGAAAUAUUUUUGUUGCUUAAAAUGUUCUGUUGUACUUGUUUUGAUAGAUGGUUGUUAAACUAAUAGAUUUUAUUUAUAAAUGUGUAGCACAACAUUAAGGUUGGCAUCAUUGUUACUGAACCAAUUAAUUCUACUACUGUAAGUGUCCAGAGUAUUUAUUAAGAAAUCAUGCUAACUCAUCUAGUCAAA